AUGCCAUGCAUGGGACUAUGCCAUGCAUGGCUUGUUAAUAAUAGUUUAUUGCAUUUCAACAACCUGGAGUGGUUGACUUCUGUUGGUAAACAUCUUCAGUUUUACAGAGCCUUUGGAUGGACUCCACCGAUAUUUGCACAUUUACCUUUACUUUUGAACAAGGAUGGAAGCAAGCUUUCUAAAAGACAAAAUGAUAUCACAGUAGAACAUUUUAAGGUGCUGGGACAUCAAGCUGAUGCUGUUUUAAACUUGAUAACAUUUUGUGGAUCAGGAUUUGAGAACAAUCGUCAAAUACGCAGUUUAUCUGGGAUGAUAAAGGAGUUUUCAGUGGAGCGAGUCACACAGCACUCAGCUGUUCUUGAUAUGGAUCUACUGGACUAUAUUACACAGCAACAAAUACUGAACUCAUGUAAAGAUUCUGUGGGAAUGCAAAGAUUGGCAGCAGAAUUGAAACACUUAGUAGAAGAUACUUAUACAGAUAGGGUAACUGAUGAUGUUCUUGCUGAAAAUUACCUGCAGAAUAUUAUACAACAUAGAAAGCAUCACAUAAACAGGUUGUCUGAUCUUACAAGUGCUAAAAAUCAAUUUUUAUGGUUAUCACCGGAUAUAAAAUUAGAAGAAUUACAUCGAUUUACCCAACAACCAGAGAGUGUAUUGAGAUUAUUGCUUGAAGAAUUACAGAAACUAACAACUGUGGAAUGGCAAGCUGAAUAUCUUGUUGCUAAGUUACAGUAUUUAUGCACCAAACACCAACUAAUACCAUUCUCUAAAAUGAUGGCAAUGCUACGAUACAGUCUGACAGGUGCCAAGGAGGGUCCUGGAGUGGUGGAUAUUAUGCAAAUGUUGACAAAAGAGAAAACAUUGGAAAGACUUAACUCCCUAAUCCUCCAAGCAUGAUAAGCAUGUCAUUUUAGCUCACUUGUUUUAGUUCUGAUUUUGAUAUAAGUAAGAAAAUAAUGGUCUUAAAAUAUCAUUAUCUGUCUCAACAUCUCAUUAUCAAUGUUAUUACCGAUGGAUCGUUAACCAGUACAUAUGCCUGGUAUCAUUUAUUUCUGAAAUGUAAACUAUCAAAUUUAUAGUCGCGCCAAAAUAAACAAAAUUUCUACAUAA